AUGGGCUUCAAAGAGAGCGGACAGUGCCACCUCACCACCGCUACAACCACUGUCACCGUCUCUUCCGAAGCUUAUACUGAACCCUGUGCUUCGAGCCCAUCAUCCAACGUCAACCAAAUCCUUCUGCUUCUUCAAUCUUAUGACGUGAAUUUGAGAGUCCUGGCAGCGACGGAGAUCCGAAGGCUUACUAAGACCUCGCAGCUCUACCGCCGUCAUUUCUCUGGCGCCGUGAAUCCACUCGUCGACAUGCUUCGUUGCGACUCUAUUGAAGCCAAGGAGGCGGCCCUUUCUGCUCUUCUUAACCUUGCAGUAAAGGACGAAACGAACAAGAUAAAUAUAAUAGAUGCCGGGGCCUUAGAACCAAUAGUUGCCUUCCUUCAGUCCGGGGAUCCAACUCUACAGGAGCAUGCAAUUGCGGCUUUGAUAACACUUUCUGCAUCAUCUGUGAACAAACCAAUCAUCAGUGCCUCCGGGGCCAUCCCUCUUCUUGUUGAAACUUUAAGACAUGGGAACUCACAAGCUAAAUCAGAUGCUGUAAUGGCCCUUUACAACCUAUCGACACAUCCAGGAAAUGUUAGCCUGAUUCUUCGAACAGAACCAAUUCCUCCUUUAGUUGAUUUGCUUAAAUCCAGUAAGAAGUCUUCAAUAACAGCGGAAAGAUGUACUGGUUUAAUAGAACUGUUGGUGGGUUUUGAUGAGGGAAGAACCGUACUUACAUCUGAAGAGGGGGGAAUACUUGCAGUAGUAGAAGUGCUUGAAAGGGGGUCACUUCAAAGCCGGGAGCAAGCUGUGGGAACACUUUUGACAAUGUGUCAGAGUGAUCGUUGUAAGUAUCGAGAACCGAUUCUUAGAGAAGGUGUCAUCCCAGGACUUCUUGAGCUCACAGUUCACGGAACACCCAAGUCUCAGUCGAAAGCACAAACGCUAUUGCAUUUACUGAGAGACCAUCCUUAUCCACAGUCUGAGCUUCAACCCGAUACACUCGAGAAUAUAGUGUGCAAUAUUAUAUCUCGGAUUGAUGGGGACGAUCAAACAGGAAAAGCGAAGCAGAUGUUAGCGGAGAUGGUGCAAGUUAGCAUGGAGCAGAGUUUAAAACGUUUACAGCAACGGGCAUUGGUAUGCACUCCAGCUGAUCUGCCUAUUAGUAAUUUUACUUCAGAAGUUUCAUUGAAAUGA